GUAUCGCAAAAGAGCUCACAAAGGUUUAAGUGUCAAUUUAGGAACCAGAGAACCACUUCCAGAGGGUCCGAGAGGCGUUGGAAUUACAUUCGCGCUAAACUGGUUUUCGGCCACGCUGUGCAGCGGUGCGUGUCCGUCCGCCGCUGCAGCGCGCGCGGCGGAAGGGAGGAGCCCAGCAAAGGUCGACGGGAUCACAGCAUGAUAAGGCAUCUCCCCUCCCCUGCAACGCUCGACCGCCAGGCACACCGCAAUGCAAUCAUCGCAGUGGUCACCGCAACAGCGACAGUGAGAGACCUGUGUGACGUGAAGAUCCACAAAUUGGAAAACCGACGGUCUACCCGGAGCUAUAAGAACAAAGAGAAAUGUGGCGUCAGCGGACAUUGGCCCAGCGCUGGUUCUGGCGCACCCUGGCCACAGCACUGCUGAUCGUCUGCACCACUGUGUUGACUAUGACGGCUGUGCAGGAGCUGUCACCACCUCCGCCAUCUCGCAGCACCCUGGCGGCCCUGAGGCCAUUCCAGUACCCAGUGUGGAGUGAGUACUCGCCACCGGACCGGGAGGAUGACUGGUACAACGCCACCUGCCUGGGUGGUCAGCUGCGCCCGGCACUCACUGAGCUGGCCGCCCACCUGGAGAUGCUGCACACCGCCGAGCACCCCGAGUGCCGCGCGCUGGCCGGCUGGCUCAACACCCUGUUCACGGUGGAGCAGCGUGAGGCCAACGUGACGCUGCCGGCGCCGUUCCUGGCCAAGGUGCUGACGUGGGUGGGCGGCUCGGAGCAGCUGAUGGACAUCGUCCGACACCAGCGCAUCCUGCACGUCACAAACAACCUGGUGCUGCACGAGGUGGCCUUCAACCCGGUGCGCGCGUUCCGGCCGCAGCUGCCGUCGGCCGGACCGUCGGCGCGCGAGCAGCUGCACGCGCUGGCCGAGGAGACGCGCGGCAGCUGCGACUUCUGUCAGUGGCGCACCAUGACGGCGCUGGUCGGCGAGCCGCCCGGCCGGUUCGACUCACCGCUCUCCACCGUCGUGGGCAACACACUGAAGCUGGACGGCGGCCACGCGCUGGUGCUGUCGCGCGAGCACAGCCCGUUGCGGCUGACGGUCGAGGGCCGGGCCGACAUGGUGGCGCUGGCGGAGCGCUGGAGCCGCGACCAGCAGUCGCGCCGUCCCCAGCUGCGCUUCCCCACGCUGAUGUGGGACGUGGGCCAGCACGCGGGCGCCAGUCAGGUGCACCCGCACGUGCACGUGAUGCUGUCGCCGGCGCACUACUCGGCCGGCUGGGAGCGACAGCGGCGCGCCGCGCUGCUCUUCUCCGAGAUCUGGCCGCAGGACAACUACUUUUCUGCGCUGGUGCGCGCGCACGCGGCGCUGGGCCUGACGGCGCGGCUGGGCGCGGCGGUGGCGUUCGCCGCCGUGGACCCGGUCCUGGACGCCGAGAUCUGGGUGGUGUCGGCCGAGCCGGACGCAGACUUCACGCGGCUGUACGCGCUGGCCGUGGCCACCGUGGAGCGCCGGCUGGGCCGGCUCUGCCACAGCAGCAGCCUGGCGCUGCCGGCGCUGGCCGAGCCGGCCGGCCGACUCCCGGCGCUGGCCCGGCUCGUGCCGCGCGGCGACUGCACCUCCGUGCGCACCGACUUCUCGGCCAUCGAGAUGUUCGCGCUGAGCGCCAUCGCGCUCGACCCGUACCAGGUGGUGCGGGAGCUGCGCUACACCAUCGAGCGGAACGGUGAGGUCCAGCCGAGGUCGGCUGCCGCCUGAGCGGGAACGCCUUGUCUUUCUCUCUAGGCUCUGGGGAACUCUGGGGACCACCGGGGACUCAGGGGAACACCGGGGCCCCCCUCGCCCUACCUUUUGGAGAAGUAUCAGUUGGCUCACUUGCGUAGGUUUUCCCAAACCGACGGAUUAUCUGUGUGACGAAGAGUCCCUUGAUAUCUUAAAGCGAUAAUUGCAUCUGAUUGGGUAAGAAAUCGUAAUUGCAAUGCAAUACAUAAUUAUUUUUGGGUCGAUAGCUUAUAAAGCAUGCCCGGAUAACGAGUAUACUCAAUUUCAUUAAAAUUGUAUGGAGACGCAAAGCAACUCCUAGCUGGAAUGUGUUUAUCAGGCUCACAUCGUGGUGCUUUCAGAAUUCAGUGUGGCUCCUAGGUCAGUGAAAUCUCAAUGUGUUAGCUCUGCCGAUUGUACCGUUUUCGGCAGCUCUUGUGAUACAUAAUGAGUUGUUUAGGAUGGCACUGAAGCCUGCAACCACCUGUUAGCGCUCUUUUUUCACCAGAUAUGAGGGUUUGUGGUUUGUACUGCGCUUCGUACAUUGACCUUACGUGCCGUUUUUGUACAAACAUUUCGUUUAAUUUACAGCUAACAAAUAGGAAAGAAGCUGUUGAAACUGUGGGAACUACCUAUUAGCAAGCAUUAUAGUACGUAAACUUGUUUUUGCUAAGGACGCCAGUAUAAUAGGGGAACGUUGAGCACGUAUAACUUCGCAAAGCGACUAGCCAGGUCAUAUGGAUUUCAGAAAUCGCCUCUAUUUUGGUAGAAGGGUUUAUAUUAGAAGUGGCUACUUAGGCUGCGCUGAACUUUGAUAGAUAUUUAUAAGUUUUCUACUGUUUGUUGAAUGCGUCGGCGUGUCUUUGUCGUUGUUGCGUCGGCGGUUGAGUGUCUUGCAUUUACCAUGUUCUUGAUAUGUGACUGUUGUUACGUGCACUUACUGUUAUGUUCAUAGGUGUCAAAUCGCACUUGGGCUCCCUUUACCACGCCUGGUAUUUUAUAAUCGUUGUCGCAUCGUUGCUCAAGGUAUCGUUGUUUACGGCAAAGAAUGAGGAUUAUGACCAAUUGGUCAAAUCCCGAUGGGUUGUCGACCUCGGCUUUGGAAGCAAUCCGCCGGCUUUGACAUUAUCUCGCGACUAUCACUAAAUUGUUCGUGCUUCCAACAUGCCAAGUGUCUUCCAUCACAAGUGCACAAGUGUUUGUUGUUUGUCCAGUUGGAGUGUUUGCGGACGCACGAGCUGAGCGUGCUGGUUCUGGCCAGCUGCACAAUGUGGGCCCCGACAGAGGGCACAGCCGCGCGUCCCACCUCGAGCAGCUGACUAGUGUCCCUAACUGAGCACUGAACAGUGCGUGAAUCUCCAUAGUAAGCCUUGUUGAUCUGUAUCCGGCGGGAUUUACUCAGGCGUGCAAUGCACACGCCGUGUGGCAGCCUUGGCCCGGCGGUGGCUCUGAGCUGCGGGUUCCUGGCCUCUGGCCGCAUUGCCCGCCCUACAAUCGGACCCCCGACUCGAGGCUGGACUGCUGGAUUGUUUAUUGACUGUUAUAGACAGUGUACUUUACACAGGGCUGUAUUUGUUUGUUGGAAAUGUCGUCAUAAUGGCUUCUGAAAUGACUUGAUUGUGUCGUUCGGAUGACAAAUUUCGAGAUGACCGAUAUUUAAGUACCGGCGCUGCACAAUGCUGCUGUGCCGAAGUGUUGCUUCUCUCUUGCUUACUACUGAACCAUGAUGACUGAACUAAGUACAUUUGUUGUGGUAUUUAUUUAUUUGUUUAUUUAUUUUUUUCUUUUGGUCAUCUUCAUUACAUGUAAACUUUUGUUAAUUGUUGGUGAUGGCGCUGUUUUGUUUCACAAUGUUUUUGCCGGUGAGUUUUAAAUACACGUUUGAUUCGGCG